AUGGGGCCGGGGGCCAGCAAGUUUGAAAUCCCGGUUGAGCUGGAGGCUUCUGCCAGCGAGAAGCUGUUGACGUGCUGCUGCGAGCGCUGGGCGCAGCUGUCUCGUAGUGGGACAACCCCAGAGUCCAGCAUGUCAAUCUUUGAAGGCAAACGCCCUGCCACUGUUUCAGUUCAAAAGUACGGAAAGCACUUAAGCCGCUAUCUCGACCUCUGUCCAGUGGCAGUGAUAGGGGCAUGUGUGUACAUUCUCAGAUUUCUCAACAGGAAGGAGCGGGUGCACCUUUCGGCCUUCAACAUCCACCGCCUGCUCCUCACCGCCCUGCUGCUGAGCUGCAAAUUUUUCGACGAUCAGUGCUAUGGAAACGCCUACUUUGCUGAGGUGGGAGGGGUCUCUGUGCUUGAGCUCAACCUCCUGGAAGUGGAGUUCCUUUUCCACAUCGACUUCAAGUUGAAUGUCACUGAGGCCGAGAUCGAGGAAGCACUACAGGAGAUUGUCAGGGUGCGGUGUGAGGGACGGACGUCCCAGAAGCGCAAGGCAGAACCUACGGAGCCCGUGCCUUAUAGCUUUCGAUGCAGGGUGAAGUUGGCAAGGCUGCUGGAAGUGGGCAUGAUGCUUGUGAUAGAAUUGCCAGAGCUAAAUAGUGAGUAUUCGUACGUGAGCGACCUGGGGUACAAGUUGAUUGAUCUUAUUUCCAUCUCAGUGGCGGGUAUUGAACUCGACCAGAUGACCGGCCUACACAUGCUCGUCAAAGCUGUCAUGUCAAAUGCACACAACGAGUAUUCAAAGUUUGGCGAGAUGCCGAAUGGUGUGUCAGUUCCCGGUAUGCUGGACAGUGAGGCAGAGAUCCAGGAUGGUGAGGCCACAACACACAAAGUGCUGCAUGUUCCCAUCCCAUUCUGGUUUGCAAGGGCUCAGGUCAGCAACGGAUUCCCGCUAGCAAGCCUCAUUACUGCUGAAGCAAUUAUAAGGCUAAAGCUGAGCAAGCUCAGCUCAAUAGUCCAACCUGCCCCUGCUGAUGAUGUCAGGCUGCAGCCCCGCAUCUCGGUGCUGACUGACAAUGUUUGGCUCGAUCCAAAGGUUGCUUUUGCACUGAUCCGUUCGGGCCCUUCAAAGUCUCUCUAUCAGCAGAAUCUUCACCAGGACCAUGCUGUUGAUGCGAACUCGCCCGUCCAGCGGAUUGAGCUCACAUGCAACAAGCCUGUGAGGCGGCUUCUGUGGCUUGUCACUGCUUCUGAUGACCCUAAUGAAGUCAUCCCUAACAGCGUGCUCUCUUCGCGGCUCAUCCUGGAGGGCUACGACCUCAUGUCUCGAGCCCCCUCCAACCCAGACACUGGGGAGAGAGUGGAUAGCACGUACAGCAACCUAGUUAACCCAUAUCUGUACGGGUCAGCCAGCAUGCCCGGUGUGUAUUCACACUCCUUUGCUCUGCGACCGGCUGAUGUUCCUUACAGCCGAUCCACCAAAGGGAUGCAGCUAUACCCCUGGGGUCCUGCGGAGUCGUCCUAUGAGAGCCCGUUCGUUGAUCAGCCCACAGGUGAGCCAAUUGAUCUUGCUGCAUACACGAAUCCUUCACGAACUACGUCCAUUGCUGCGGCUCCUUUAGCGGCUUAG